AUGCCCCUCGACCUGUCCCAGUUUCUCUCGCAGGACGCGCGCAACCGCCCGGUGUCGGCGAUCCGCGGAUUGCUUCCGCUGGAGAGCCGUCCGGGAAUGAUCUCGCUGCUCGCCGGCAAGCCGAACCCCGACGGAUUUCCGUUCGAGUCGGUGACCAUGACGCUCAAGCCAUCUGCCGAGAUGGGCACCGAUGCGGACGGCAAGCCGGUCACGCUCACGAUCGAGGGCGAGGAUAUGAAGCGCGUGCUCCAGUAUGGCAGCACGUCGGCCGAUCCCAGCUUUGACACGGUGCUCCAGGAGAUCAUCAGCCGCGUGCACCAACGCACGCGUGACAACGGCCAGCCCGACGGCGAUUUCACGAUCGCCGUGGGGUCCGGUAGCCAAGACCUCUUGGUCAAAGCCAUGGCGGUUAUUCUCGACGAGGCCGACACGCUGCUCGUCGAGGCGCCCGUUUACCCUGGCGCGAUUCCCGAGCUGCAGGUGAACAAGGUCAACUUGGUCUCGCUCGAGACCGACUCGCAGGGCCUGUCUGCCGACUCGCUGCGCACGACGCUCGAAAACUGGCACACGUCGGAGGCGACCAAGCACCUCAAGUACCCCAAGGCGCUGUACACUGUGCCGACCGGCGCGAACCCCGCCGGGACGACCGCGUCGGCGGAGCGCAAGCGCGAGAUCCUGGCGCUCGUGCGCAAGCACGGCGUGCUGCUUCUCGAGGACGACCCGUAUUUCUUCCUGACCUUUGACGAUGUGGACGAGGACCCUACGACGCAUGCCCGCACGCCGAGCUACUUUGCCCUCGAGCACGAGGAUGCAGAGACGUGGGGCUACGGCUACGUGGUGCGCUUCGAGAGCUUCUCCAAGAUCAUGUCGGCCGGUAUGCGGCUCGGCUUUAUGAUGGGCCCCCCGACGAUCGUCAAUGCUGUUAUUGCACUGACCGCCUCGUCGAACCUGCACGCGUCCGCACCGCCGCAGGCGAUGGCCGCGGCGCUUCUGAGCUACUGGGGUAUGGACGGCUUCCUUCGCCACGCGAACAACGUCGCGAAAAUGUACAAAGAGCGGCGCGACAUGUUUGGCGCCGCUGUCGAGUCGACCCUCGGCAAGGGCGAGGACGGCAGCAAGAUGCCGGUCGCCACCUGGAUCUCGCCGGUGGCCGGCAUGUUCUUCUGGAUCAAGCUGCACCUGCCGCCGACCGACGGCGCGCCAGAGGGCGACUCGUACAAGGUUAUCGCCGAAAAGGCACUGUCGUACGGCGUGCUGGCCAUGCCCGGCGCCGCGUUCUUUGCGACGCCGACCGUGACGCCGUACGUGCGCACGUCGUUCAGCCUGAUCGAGCCGGCCGAUGCUCGCGAGGCGCUGCAGCGCCUGCGCCAAGCCGUAGAGAGCGCAUGGAAAGACGCGGGGUACGAGAGCAUCCCCCCGAUACAGCCAUAG